AUGGCUCCUCCUUCCAAGCCCGGCGCCACCGCCGCCUUUGUCGGCGCCAUCGACCAGGGCACCACGAGCACGCGCUUCCUCAUCUUCAACCGCAACGGCGAGGUUGUCGCCCUGCACCAGAUUGAGUUUAAGCAGCUGUAUCCAAACCCCGGCUGGCACGAGCACAACCCCGACGAGCUCAUCUCGUCGGUCGAGCAGUGCAUCGACGGCGCUGUCGCCAAGUUUGAGACGCAGGGCCACUCGCGCGAGCAAAUCGUCGCCGUCGGCAUCACCAACCAGCGCGAGACAACCCUCGUGUGGGACCGGAAGACGGGCAAGGCGCUGCACAAUGCCAUUGUCUGGACCGACACGCGCGCCCAGGACCUCGUCCGCCGCCUCAAGGCGCGCAUCGGCUCCGGCGAGCUGACGCAGCGUUGCGGCCUGCCCCUGUCCACCUACCCCUCCGUCAGCAAGCUGCUCUGGCUGCUCGAGAACGUGCCGGCCGUCAAGGACGCCUACAACGCCGGCACCCUGGCCUUUGGCACCGUCGACACUUGGCUCGCCUACAAGCUCAACGGCGGGCCCGCGCGUAACGUCUACGUCUCGGACCCGACAAACGCCUCGCGCACCAUGUUCAUGAACCUCGACACCCUCGACUACGACAGCAAGCUGCUCGACUGGUUCCGCAUCGACCGCACCAAGGUGCUGCUGCCCAAGAUUGUGCGCUCCGCCGACGCAGCCGCCUACGGCUCCCUCGCCGGCACCGUCCUGCGCGGCACCAAGAUCACGGGCUGCCUGGGCGACCAGUCGGCGGCCCUCGUCGGCCAAAAGGGUUUCACGCCCGGCCUGGCCAAGAACACGUACGGCACGGGCUGCUUCCUGCUGUACAACGUCGGCCCCAAGCCCGUCGUGUCGUCGCACGGCCUGCUGACGACGGUGGCCUUUGACUUUGGCAAGGGCAAGACCAUGUACGCCCUCGAGGGCAGCAUCGCCGUCGCCGGGUCGAGCGUCAAGUUCCUCGUCGAUAACUUUGGCUUCAUCGAGUCGAGCUCCAAGCUCAGCGCGCUGGCCGAGACGGUCGAGGACAACGGCGGCUGCACCUUUGUCACGGCCUUUAGCGGCCUGUUUGCGCCCUACUGGAUCGACGACGCGCGCGGCACCAUCUUCGGCAUCACGGCCUACACGCAGCGCGGACACAUUGCGCGCGCCACGCUCGAGGCCACGUGCUUCCAGACAAAGGCCAUUCUCGACUCCAUGGAAAAGGACAGCGGCCACGCGCUGACGGAGCUGGCCGUCGACGGCGGCAUGUGCAACGCCGACCUCAUCAUGCAGACUCAGGCGGACUUAAUCGGCAUCCCCGUCACCCGGCCAGGCAUGCGAGAGACGACGGCGCUGGGGGCGGCCAUUGCGGCGGGCAUGGCGGUGGGAGUGUGGAAGUCGUUUGACGAUCUCAAGAACGUCAACCUCGAGGGCCGGACCCUGUUCAAGCCGUCCAUCAAUGCCGAGGUCGCGUCCAAGCGGUUCGAGCGCUGGGAAAAGGCUGUGCAGAUGAGCAAGGGCUGGGCCAACUACUAG